AUGACAACCGCACUCAAAAGAGGAGUGACCAUCAACCCAACUGUCGAAGUUGCAGAAAUUUUGAGCAUCUAUGAUUACACCCCUAACGAGAUAGCAGCUGCUUGGUAUGAUGAAGACGACAUGGACAAAAUCACCCGACAGUGCUUCAAAGUACUACAAAGAAUGGAAGAAUGUGGAGGAACCAAGAACGGCCAAAAGUAUUGCACUCGGGGUCUUGAAGGGCACACUACGCUGGGCUCCAUUAGUAAAAAGAAAACAAGAACGGCUUCGUUCGCAGCAGUGCUUAAUGAGCAAGCAAGGCAAUGGAACAAGAACGAACAAGCAGAUAUUCGAGCUAUUUCAGAUGCAUACAGAAAAACUAGCUCAAGCAGCCAAAUGUGGGCUCAAGUCAGUGGCAUCCAAGAUCGACAGGCCGCAGAUGCUUGCCAUAACGAAGAUGAAGAAGAGAACGACGAUAUCGAUGCGACUACUACGGCAGUUUCAAUCAAGCCCGCAGAGGAGUCGGUUUUCAAAAGCCCCGUAAGCCAAAAACGAAUGGCGAGUGGUUUGGAGAGCGCAGCUGUUUCCAUGAUCCAGCAAGGAGCAAGGGCGGCAUGA